AUGGCUUUACCUUUUGUUUCGGGUUAUUAUAGUAAAGAUUUAAUAUUAGAAUUAGCUUAUAGUAAAUAUAGCUUUAGUGGAACUUAUGCUUUUGUAUUAGGUUCAUUAACUGCUUUUUUAACUGCUUUUUAUAGUUUUAGGUUAAUAAGUUUAGUUUUCUUAACUUCGCCUAAUGGGGGUAAAUUAACAUAUUUAAAUUCACACGAGUCUAGUUUUAUAAUGAUAUUACCUAUGAUUAUUUUGGGUAUAUUUAGUAUUUUUUUUUGGUUAUAUCUUUUCAGAUUUAUUUGUUGGAAUUGGUACUGA